AUGGCGAUCGCACAUUUGGCAACGGCAACAAUUGCAUCUGUAAUCUUGAUCUCAACAAGUUUAACUGGAGUAUUGGUAGUCUCACAAGAAAUAAGCAAAACUCACGAAUGUCAGACAAAAAUUAUCCGCUAUGCUGUCACCAAAAUUGAUGCCGAAGGUCGGAGUUGUACGGCCGAGAUCGAAAUUGGAGUUUGCCAUGGUUACUGUCUAACCGGUGAGAGCGGGGAUUGGGAAUUUCCAUACAAAUCACACUAUCACCGACUUUGCGUUCCAAGCAAACUAGAACAGAAAACGGUAGAACUGCAAUGCGAUGACGACAAGACACCAAAAACAUUAAGCUAUAAAUACCACGAACCAAGUGAAUGUCGCUGUCAGCUAUGCAACUCUUCGAACACCUUGUGUGAGGGAAUAGUAAAAAAGGACUUGCCUACAAAUUCAGCACCACAAAUGAACUUCUUAUAUGAAUUGCUGCACAGAUCGCCUGGACAAUUACGUCGUCGACGGCUCGUCCCCUUCUAA